AUGGCUACCACUUCGCAUAUGUUUAUGUACUCCCUGACGAUCCAGCCGCCAACUGCGAUCACGCAGGCCAUUCUAGGCCAGUUUGCGGGAACGAAAGAGCAGCAGAUCGUCACCGCGUCCGGGUCGAAGCUGACCAUCCACCGCCCCGAUCCUACUCAGGGCAAGGUCACUCCGCUGUACUCUCAAGAUGUCUUUGGCAUCAUUCGAACCCUGGCUGCCUUUAGGCUGGCUGGUAGUAACAAAGAUUAUAUAAUUAUUGGGUCGGAUUCCGGGCGCAUCACCAUCAUCGAGUAUGUACCCUCACAGAAUCGAUUCAACCGGAUUCACCUUGAGACGUUCGGCAAGUCGGGCGUGCGUCGUGUCGUUCCUGGCCAGUAUUUGGCGGUCGAUCCCAAGGGCAGAGCAUGCCUUAUCGCAUCAGUGGAGAAGAACAAGCUUGUUUAUGUUCUGAAUCGAAACUCGCAGGCCGAGCUUACGAUAUCAUCUCCGCUGGAAGCGCACAAGCCGCAGACCUUGGUGUUCUCCAUAAUCGCAUUAGAUGCUGGGUAUGAAAACCCUGUCUUCGCUGCCCUUGAAGUGGACUACUCCGAGUCUGACCAGGACCCAACGGGUCGGGCCUACGAAGAGGUUGAAAAACUUUUAGUAUAUUAUGAGCUCGAUCUUGGCCUGAACCACGUCGUCCGCAAGUGGGCUGAUCCCGUCGACCGCACAUCGUCGAUGCUCUUCCAGGUGCCUGGUGGAGCCGAUGGCCCUAGCGGUGUUUUGGUCUGUGCCGAAGACAAUAUCACCUACCGACACUCCAACCAAGAUGCUUUCCGGGUACCUAUUCCGCGUCGCCAAGGUGCAGUGGAAAACCCUGAACGCAAGCGAUGCAUUACCGCAGGUGUGAUGCAUAAAAUGCGAGGCGCGUUUUUCUUUCUCCUGCAGACCGAGGAUGGAGAUCUCUUCAAGCUCACCCUUGAUAUGGUCGAGGAUGACAAUGGCCAGCUCACCGGGGAAGUGAAAGGACUGAAGAUCAAGUACUUUGAUACGGUUCCCCUGGCUUCGAGCUUGCUGAUUCUCAAGAGCGGUUUCCUCUAUGUCGCCGCCGAGGGUGGAAACCAUCACUUUUACCAGUUUGAGAAACUCGGCGAUGAUGAUGAGGAGACUGAGUUCAGCAGCGACGAUUUUUCAGCAGACCCCACUGCCCCUUAUGAGCCUGUCUAUUUCCAGCCUAGGGGAGCGGAGAACCUGAACCUCGUGGAUGCCAUCAACUCCCUCAAUCCGUUGGUUGAUAGCAAGAUUGUGAACCUUUCCGAGGAUGACGCUCCUCAGAUUUUUACAGUCUCUGGCACGGGAGCUCGCAGCACUUUCCGGACGCUGAAGCAUGGCCUGGAAGUUUCGGAGAUCGUUGAAUCCGAACUUCCUAGCGUACCGUCAGCCGUUUGGACUACAAAGCUAACCAGGGCGGACGAGUAUGAUGCCUAUAUUGUGCUCUCAUUUGCCAACGGCACCCUCGUCCUAAGCAUCGGUGAGACGGUGGAAGAAGUGACCGACACCGGUUUCCUUUCGUCAGCACCUACGUUAGCUGUUCAGCAGCUUGGCGAGGACUCCCUUAUCCAGAUCCACCCUCGCGGUAUUCGCCAUAUUCUCGCCGAUCGACGGGUGAACGAAUGGCCAGCGCCGCAACACCGUUCCAUCGUGGCCGCCGCGACCAACGAGCGUCAGGUUGCGGUCGCCCUCAGCUCUGGUGAGAUUGUGUACUUCGAGCUGGACGCUGAUGGGUCGCUCGCUGAAUAUGAUGAACGGCGCCAAAUGACAGGGACAGUGACAUGUCUCAGCCUUGGCGAGGUGCCGGAAGGUCGCAUGCGAAGCUCGUUCCUGGCUGUUGGGUGUGACGAUUCGACGGUUCGCAUUCUGAGCCUGGACCCGGAUUCGACAUUAGAAAACAAAUCCGUCCAAGCGCUGACUGCCGCACCAUCCGCUUUGAACAUCAUCCCGAUGGCUGACUCCAGCUCCGGUGGAACCACCAUGUAUCUACAUAUCGGUCUUCACUCCGGUGUCUAUCUGCGAACAGCCCUCGAUGAAGUAACGGGCGAACUAUCCGACACGCGAACUCGCUUCUUAGGGUCCAAGGCUGUCAAGCUCUUCCAGGUUUCUGUAACGGGGCAGACGGCCGUGCUUGCCCUGAGCUCGCGUCCUUGGUUGGGAUACUCCGAUACCCAAACUAAAGGCUUCAUGCUUACUCCUCUGGAUUAUGUCGGACUCGAGUGGGGCUGGAACUUCUCGAGCGAGCAGUGUGUCGAGGGUAUGGUAGGUAUUCAAGGUCAGAACCUAAGGAUCUUUUCUAUCGAGAAACUGGACAACAAUAUGCUGCAACAAUCCGUACCCUUGGCCUACACGCCACGUCGGUUCUUGAAACACCCGGAACAGCCUCUGUUCUACGUUAUCGAGGCUGACAACAAUGUUCUGUCUCCUGCAACGCGGAAUCAGUUGCUCGAGGACUCCAAGUCUCGUGGCGGCGACACAACAGUUCUGCCCCCUGAAGAUUUCGGAUACCCUCGCGGUACAGGCCAUUGGGCUUCUUGCAUCCAAGUGAUCGACCCACAUGCGAACGCUGUGGUUGGGACGGUAGAGCUCGAUGAGAAUGAGGCGGCUGUCAGUAUUGCUGCUGUUCCUUUCACCAGUCAAGAUGACGAAACCUUCUUGGUGGUGGGAACUGCAAAGGACAUGACUGUCAACCCACCUUCUUCAUCGGGUGGGUAUAUUCACAUCUAUCGAUUCCAAGAAGAUGGAAAGGAGCUGGAGUUCAUCCACAAAACGAAAGUUGAGGAGCCUCCUCUCGCGCUUCUUGGCUUCCAAGGUCGUUUAGUGGCCGGAGUUGGAUCCCUGCUCCGAAUCUACGACCUGGGAAUGAAGCAGUUGCUCCGAAAAUGCCAGGCUGCCGUUGUCCCGAAAGCCAUUGUUGGUCUUCAGACGCAAGGUAGUCGUAUCGUGGUCAGCGAUGUCCGUGAAAGUGUCACAUAUGUCGUGUACAAGUAUCAAGAGAACGCCUUGAUUCCUUUCGUCGAUGACUCCAUCCCUCGAUGGACCACCGCAACGACCAUGGUGGAUUACGAGACAACAGCCGGAGGUGAUAAGUUCGGCAACCUCUGGUUGGUCCGGUGCCCGAAGAAGAUCUCCGAGGAGGCAGACGAGGAGGGCUCAGGUGCUCACAUGGUCCACGACCGCGGAUAUCUCCAGGGCACCCCCAACCGCCUGGAACUGAUGAUCCACCUCUUCACCCAGGACAUCCCCACCAGUCUGCAUAAAGCUCAACUGGUAGCCGGUGGUCGUGAUAUCCUAGUGUGGACAGGAUUCCAAGGCACGAUCGGCAUGCUGGUGCCUUUCGUCGGCCGCGAGGACGUCGACUUUUUCCAAAGCCUGGAGAUGCAACUGGCGUCACAAUGCCCGCCACUUGCUGGACGGGAUCACCUCAUCUACCGAAGCUAUUACGCACCGGUGAAGGGGGUCAUCGACGGAGACCUGUGCGAAAUGUACUUCCUUCUGUCGAACGAUACGAAGAUGAUGAUUGCUGCGGAAUUGGAUCGCUCAGUACGAGAAAUCGAGCGAAAGAUUUCGGACAUGCGAACAAGAGUGGCCUACUGA